CGCCAGAGCUCAUCCAAAUCCGUCCAACCACCUAUAGACAGUAACCCUUCCUUAAAUUGCCAGCUUCCAUACAUAUACAAUUACCCCUUCAAGAAACCUCAAACCAUAUCCACCUCUUUAAGCCAAGAAGUUGUGUUUUGUUGAUAAGUAAUUAAUGGGUUCUGUUUCUUCAUCAACCGUGAUGGCAGAAAAGAUUUCUUGGUAUUGUGCUUUGUUGAUGGCGCUAAUGCUGGUUUUGAGCUGCUGCGAAGUGAGUGAAAGUGAAUUGGCUGCUGUUGGGCAUCCAAGGGUUUUCGAGGACAAGCCAUGCGAUGAGAUAUAUGUGGUCCGAGAAGGUGAGACUUUGCAUACUAUCAGUGAAAAAUGUCGGGAUCCUUAUAUUGUUGAAGAAAAUCCACACAUUCAUGACCCGGAUGAUGUUUUCCCUGGCCUGGUCAUCAGGAUUACCCCUUUCAACGAUAGGUAAACUCUAUUCUAUUUAUCGUCUCUAAUGAGAUAUGUGUAUGUGUAUAUGUAUAUGUAUAUGUAUAU